AUGGAGCGUUUCCGCAACAUGCUCCAGUCCCAAGGCUUGGGCGGCCUGGGCAGCCAGCCCGGAACGGACAACACCCAGCUUAUCGACAACUCCGAGACGGUCUACAUCUCAUCCCUUGCCCUCUUGAAGAUGCUGCGACACGGCCGCGCAGGUGUUCCUAUGGAAGUCAUGGGCCUGAUGCUUGGAGAGUUCGUCGACGACUUCACGGUGCGCGUGGUGGAUGUUUUCGCCAUGCCUCAGAGCGGUACCGGUGUUAGUGUAGAGGCUGUUGACCCUGUCUUCCAAAUGAAGAUGAUGGACAUGUUGAGACAAACCGGAAGACCCGAAGCCGUCGUUGGCUGGUACCAUUCCCAUCCCGGUUUCGGCUGCUGGCUCUCGUCAGUCGAUAUCAACACUCAACAGUCCUUCGAGCAGCUGACCCCUCGAGCCGUCGCCGUCGUCGUCGAUCCCAUCCAAUCCGUCAAGGGCAAGGUCGUAAUCGACGCCUUCCGCCUCAUUAACCCCCAGUCUCUUAUGCUCGGCCAGGAGCCGAGACAGAGCACAAGUAACCUGGGUCACCUCAACAAGCCCUCGAUCCAAGCCCUUAUCCACGGCCUGAACAGACAUUACUACUCGAUCGGCAUCAACUACCGCAAGACGGCGCUGGAGGAGAACAUGUUGAUGAACCUGCACAAGCACGUUUGGACCGAGGCGUUGGAGAUGGACGACUUCAGACUCGAGGGCGACUGCAACAAGGAGCGUUUGGAGCGUCUUGUCAGCCUUGCCGAGGGCUACGAGAAGCGCGUCAAGGAGGAGACGGAGCUCACAAAGGACCAGCUCAAGACCCGCUACGUGGGCAAGCUGGACCCCAAGAAGCACUUGGAGGACGUCGGCCAGCAGCUGAUCGAGGACAACAUCGUUUCCGUCUCGAGACAGAUGAUCGACAAGGAGGCGACCAUGCCCAAAAAGGACGGACCGGCGGGUGCCAAGGGCCAAUCAAACGGCGAUUCAAUGGACGUAGAGGAGGAGUUGUGA